CCUCUCUCCCCCCUUUCUCCCGUAAUCAUCAGCAUCAUCCGGCUGGCAUCACCCAUUCUUGUCAUCGUCGUCGUCGUCGAUCUUUUAAUUGCCAGCACCAUCGCCUCCCCCACCACCGCCGACCCUUUCCGAUUCUUUCGUCGCAUGCACAGAUCGAGCUCGCCGUUGUCGCCCACGCUGCGCAGCAAUCAUGGCUAACGAACGCAGCGUGUACUCGUCUGGCCAGUUCAUGAACCCAGGCCCGGCGCCACGACCCCCAACCGAUCGUCCUCGUCUCGCCCUCACGCCAAACAAUAACCUCCCCGGCAACCUUCCCGGCAAUAUGGCCAACAUGGCCAUCUCCCCCAUCAGGAGCACCGCGACCUCGACCUACACCGGCUCCACCAUCUCGCUCCCCAUCGCCCGCCAGCAGUCCAACCAGAACGACGGCAUGGGCGGUGUCGCCGUGAAGAAGGAAGGAUGGGCCUCGGUCAAGGAGUCCAAGAACUUCAUCAACCCUUGGAAGCAGAAGUACCUCAUCCUGAGAAAAGAAUCGCUCGAUUUCCACAAGACCGAGGGCGGCAAGGUCUCGUACACCCUCUACCUGAAGGACGUCGUCAACGUCGGCCGAGUCGAGGCCGCCGGCACCAUCUUCGAGAUUAAGAGAAACCCUAGUGGCUCGUCAAACAGCCCUGGCGAAGACGACGGCCAGACCAAGACCCUGCAGAUUCGCGUCAAGAGCGACGACGAUUUGUACGAAUGGAUCGACCUCAUCUACGGCGCCUGCCCUGGAAUGGGUGGUGUCAGCAACCCCACAAACUUCUCUCACGCCGUCCAUGUCGGCUUCGACCCCCAGACCGGUGAGUUUGUCGGCUUGCCGCCCGAAUGGUCGAAGCUCCUCAACUCGUCGGCCAUCACCAAGGAGGACUACGAGCGCAAUCCCCAGGCCGUCUUCGAGGUCCUCGACUUCUACUCCGACCUGACCAAGCGAGCCGAGAACCCUCAGCAGUACUCCAGCCUCACCCCGACACCUCCCGCCAGCAGUCAGCAGAACAAGCAGCUCGGUUAUGGCGGCGGCGGCUCCUCCGUUGCGCCCCCGAGGCCCAUGCCGCCGUCACAGGCCCAGCGUCAGCCCAGCUACAACACGCAGCCCUCGGCUCAGGGUCAACAACAACGGCGGCCGUCGCCCACGGAGCAACAGCAGCAACGCCAGCAGAUGCAGGGCAUGGCUACCAACUAUCAAUCCGAUCCGCGCGAAGAGCAGCGCUUGAGACAGCUCGAGGCCCAGCGCGCCCGCGAAAGGGAAAUCGAAGAACAGAAUCGCCGCGACCUCGAGGUCUUCAACUCGUCCAUCCCCAAGACCAAGACACCCAUGGCCCAGCAGGAGAUCGGUGGCUUCAGCGGCAGCUCGUCCAUCCCCCAGACAGACAGAUACAACCCUUCAAGGGCAGCCCCCCCGGCGCCCAAGCCAUCACAGCAGCAACAGGUCAACGGCCUUCGUGCGCAGCGGCCCGCCCCUUCACCGCCGACUGCCGGUACCCCUACACGUCCCACCAUGUCUUCCCAGCAGAGCUCGAGUUCCAUGCGGGAUCCCAACCAAGCCCAGCGGGUGCCCCGGCCAGACCAGUCGUCCAGCCAGCAGCAGCAGCAGCGCUAUCCCAACGGCAGCCCACAGCAGUCUAGGCAGCCUCCCCAGGCUCAGGCCCCGCCGCCAUCUCGCCUACCUGCUCCUGUUAAGCCUCUCAAUGUGUCCAAGGCUCAGCCCGCGCCGCAAAGCGAUGCUGUCAAGGCCGCGGAAGCAGCUCUCACCGCCAAGCCACCUGCGCAAGAACGCAAGCAGGACGUGCGCAUGUCCACCAUGUCUGAGAGUGAAGUCAUGGCUAAGCUCAAGGAGGCCGUUUCCAAGGACGACCCGAAUCUUUCCUACUCCAAGCAAAAGAAGAUUGGGCAAGGUGCUUCCGGUUCCGUCUAUGUCGCAAAGGUCAAGGAGGGUGCCGUUUCGCCCAUUGCUCGUGAUGUUCUGCGGGCUCAGGGCCUCAAGGCCCAGGUUGCGAUCAAGCAGAUGGACCUCGCUCACCAGCCCCGGAAAGAGCUUAUUGUGAACGAGAUCAUGGUUAUGAAGGACAGCAGACACUGCAACAUUGUUAACUUCUUGGACGCCUUCUUGCGCAACAACAACGCCGAACUUUGGGUCGUCAUGGAGUACAUGGAGGGUGGUGCCCUGACUGAUGUCAUCGAUAACAACCCUAGCAUCACAGAGGAGCAGAUUUCCACCAUUUGCCUCGAGACGUGCCGUGGUCUGCAACAUCUCCACUCCCAAAACAUCAUUCAUCGCGAUAUCAAGAGUGACAACGUGCUCCUGGACGCUCGUGGCAACGUCAAAAUUACCGACUUUGGUUUCUGUGCCAAGCUUACCGAGUCCAAGUCGAAGCGCGCGACGAUGGUCGGAACGCCUUACUGGAUGGCGCCCGAAGUUGUCAAGCAGAAGGAGUACGGCCCCAAAGUAGACAUCUGGUCAUUGGGCAUUAUGGCUAUUGAGAUGAUCGAGUCGGAGCCGCCGUACCUGAAUGAGGAGCCCCUGAAGGCCCUGUACCUGAUCGCCACCAACGGCACACCACGCCUCAAGAAGCCUGAGAAGCUGAGCAAGGAGCUCAAGGCCUUCUUGUCGGUUUGCUUGUGCGUAGAUGUCAAGAGCAGAGCGUCCGCCGAUGAGCUUCUCCAGCACGACUUUCUGAAGCACGGAUGUCCGCUGGGCAGCCUAUCAGAGCUCCUCGCCUUCAAGAAGCAUGCCAAGUAAAUUGGCGAGUGCAAGACGCCGCCGCAACGCGGCAAUGGGCGUAGAGACAGCGGUUGCCUGGGACGACCUAUGACCCCUUUCACCCCGAGGGCGGCGAUGGCAUCUUGUAUCGCUUUCCCGACCCACGCAAAACAAUCCAAAAAGUACAAGAGAACCUACCAACCAUUCGACCUCGCACCAAGUCGGGCACAUUUUCCACCCAUUCACACGACGUACUCAUGAAAAUUUCCAUUUCUAUCGACGCGGAUAUCCUCGACACCCUCCGACUCAUGCGAGACGAGAAACGCUUUGCUCGUCGCAUCAUGACGGCGGCAUGAGAAUUCUGGUUUGUGUUUUUUUUUUGUUCUGCUAAUGGUCUCGGUCACAUUGCAUAGUUGUUUAGUCACUGAAGGGGAAGGGGGAGAACGGUAAUUUAGAGGGAAACGAUGGAUCCGUGACAUCUCCGUGGUUUACACUGAGCAGAAGGGAAAAGGCGGGCGGGUGGUUAGGGGGGUCCAGGGACAGAGGUGACGGGCGCUGUGAACUGGCUGAGUCUCGACGGAAGCAUGAGAACCUAGAAGGAGUCGGACAGCACCGAUAGAUAGUCUCAAAUGAAAAGGAUCAACAGACGCGAGACGAGAUCCUUUGGUAACGAAGCCGUGUGAGUUUGCGGUCAGUUUGUACG